AUGUGUGUGAGUAAGCCAAAAUCCUUCUGGGACAAUGUCUUGUGGACAGAUGAGAUCAAGAUAGAGCUUAUUGGUAAAGCACAUCAUUCUACUGUUUACCGAAUACAGAACGAGGCCAACAAAGGAGAGAACACAACUGCAGGUCUCCUGAAGCUGGUCUACACAGAAAGGAUGAGCUCCUCAUGCCGUCCCCCGGCCAGAGCACGCGCACUAAAGAUCUGCAUGUUUUACUCCUGCGUUUGUCUGGUGAGCUGGCCGCUCCCCGCAGAGGCAGCCCGGCUCCGCUGUGGCUCUGACCUCCUCAGUGACCUCAUGUUUGUAUGUGGGGACCGUGGGAUCUAUUUAGGUAAAGGCCUGUGGUCUGGUUAUGGUGCCCGGCCCAGAGGGAAGGGGAUAGUGGAUCUGUGCUGCCGAUCGGUGGGCUGUGAACUUCAUCAUCUGGAGAUGUACUGUGCCAAACCAAAGAGCCAGAAGCAUACAGCAGAUUCUCCAUCCACAACCACCACAUCACUACAAACCCCUACACAAUCAGAAAUGUUUCGAGCCGUAUUUCAGAAAAAGCUCUUCGAGUACCUGGGGCCUCCCAACAGUCCCAGGAGGGACGCAUACAGAAGGAAGAGGCAGCCUUCACUCUGGCACAAAGUUUCAUUGUCACACAAGAGGACACACAAAACAAACAGUCAGCCAAGCACAGCCACUGAGAGUGCUGCUUAAAGAAUCGAGACUUUGGACCCUAUGAGAAGAUUAAUAUUUAUAUUCCUGGACUGGAAUUCUGCUACAGUAUUGCCAACCCAGGGAAAUUCUCUGAUAUAUUAGUGAUGAAAUAGUUUCUAAUAUCAACUUUGGUUUUACCUUUAAAUAUAUGCAGUGGAUGUGAAUACAGCAGGUCCCUCAGAAACACCAGAAAUGGAAUCAGGUUAACGAGGGACUGCUGGUAGUUAAGAGGUCGAUACAAAUUUAGUGGCAUCAUGAGGCUAAAAACUAAUGUGAUCUGCACACUGGAAUAAUAUUUCUGUGGGAGAGAAAAAGAAACUUAGAUAUUCUCUGUGAUUUUAAGACCUACAUUAGUGACAAAAGUCUUUGAGGUUAAAGUGAAAAACUUCAUUAUUUUUCUGUGUUAAGAAGCGUGUCAGCCACAGCAGUGCUGGUUCUCAUUAGCUUUUCUAUGCACUGAUCACAUAUUUAAAGUUUGUGACACCCUCUGUGGAGUCAUCUGCAUUUUUUCACAUUUAUGUUGACGUUUGACUGAAUGCAGCUUUAUUAUUUGUUUUGGGACCAACUUUGAGCCAUUAUGGAUGUUUCAUGUUUAUGGCCAUUUUAUGUAAAUAUCAGUGAAUGCGUUCAUUAUUUAUUUCACCUUU